GCCGCGCGCAUGGGCGUCGACUCCAGCCCUUCAUGAGAGCCCCGGACGACGUUGAAUGAGCGAGAGUGGUUUGGAGACGGACAGGGAACCCCCGGGUGAGGCCCGGGCCGGUUCUUCUGACAACGGCGUCGAGAAAAAUGGCGUGAAGCAUGACAAGCCGGCCGACAAGCCGGUCGACAGCGGGUUUUUCCCCGACAAGGACGGGAAGAUGGUCGAGAUUAAGGACGUCUGGGCGUCCACGCUAGACGCGGAGAUGGCCGUGAUCCGCGAGCUCGUCGAGUCCUACCCGUACGUCGCGAUGGACACGGAGUUCCCCGGCGUCGUCGCCAAGCCGAUCGGCGACGCGUACAGCACGGGCUACCAGUACCAGACGCUGCAGUGCAACGUGGACCUGCUCAAGAUCAUCCAGCUCGGCAUCAGCUUCUGCGACGGCGAGGGGAAGACGCCCGAGGAGGGCUGCUACUGCUUCCAGUUCAACUUCCGCUUCGACCUCGCCGAGGACAUGUACGCGGAGGACAGCAUCCAGCUCCUCAAGGAGAGCGGCAUCGACUUCCACCGGCACGCGACGGAGGGCAUCGACGUCGCGCGCUUCGGCGAGCUCGUCAUGAUGAGCGGCCUCGUGCUCUGCGACGACGUCAAGUGGGUCUCGUUCCACAGCGGCUACGACUUCGGGUACCUGAUCAAGAUCCUGACCUGCCAGACGCUGCCCGCGGACGAGCAGGGCUUCUUCGAGCUGCUGGCCCUCUACUUCCCGACGCUCUACGACGUCAAGCUCCUCAUGACGCACGUCGACGGCCUCCACGGCGGCCUCCAGCGCGUCGCCGAGGAUCUAAAGGUCGAGCGCAUCGGCCCCAUGCACCAGGCGGGCUCCGACUCCAUGCUCACGAACGCGACCUUCUUCCGCCUCGCGGAGCUCGCCUUCUCCUCGCCGGAGAAGGUCGAGGAGAAGUACCGCGGCGCCAUCUACGGCCUCGGCGAGCACGCGUACCGGGGCAAGCAGCACCAGGACGCCGCCGCGUCCAAGUACAACCAGGACAACGGCGGCACGAUGAACGGGGGGCACCAGGUCCAGAACGGCGUCGUCAACAUGCCCAACGACGAGUAGGCGUGUCGUCCGUCGUCGUGUCCCUGUGUCCUCUCCGUGCUUCGCUCGCGCCUCUCGCCUCCGCCCACGCGGGGGCGCCCGACAAAAACAAACCUCGAUCCUCGCGAUCCCGGACGGCGCCGACCGCCGCGUGCUCCGCGGCGCGAGGCGCCUUUCCGGCAACCAAUACCGACGCGCGCGACGCCGCCCUAACGGACGACUGACCGCGC